AGUAGGUGAAGGAAGAAAGCUAGGAGCAAGACGUAAACAAUUAUGUGGACACCGCUUUAUGGAUUAACACACUUAUCAUGGAACUAGCUCUUGUCUGGACUCUGUAGGACUAGAAACAUGGAUCUUCGUGUGUCAGAUCCUUCUGACAAUCCAGACGAGAUGGAGCGUCUGAGGACGCACAGGGUGGAACAUGGGAGACAGACGCACCAGGUCUUACAGAGCACUCCUUUGGACCUUAUUGAGACAGGCAAGUCCCUGAAAGUCCAGGCAGAGCGCCCCCACCUGGUUAGUUUGGGAAGUGGACGUUUGAGCACAGCUAUCACCUUGCUGCCGCUGCUGGAAGGGAGGACCACGCUGGGCAGCGGGGUCACAGACAUCCCUCUACAGGGCCUGGGCAUCGCAGCUCAGCACUGCUACAUUGAAAACCAAGCAGGCAGCAUCACAUUGCACCCAUGUGGAAACCAGUGCUCUGUCGAUGGCCUUUCCAUCACCAAACCCUUUCGCCUGACUCAAGGGUGCAUGCUGUGUUUCGGUCAGUCGGUCUAUUUCCGCUUCAACCAUCCAGAGGAGGCCCAGCGAAUGAAGAGCAUGCUGCCUGGAGGGAGCCAAGGACUGAACACCACGAGAACUCACUCUACAGAUUCUCACAGCGUCCUGAACGGGAACCAUCUGUCUUUUUCGAGCAACGGCGAUUCCAAAAUCAACAACAAAGUAAAGAAUCUCCAGGACUCAUCGGUGCCGAAGGCUGGAUCUGGUAAACAGCCUUUUCAUGAGCCCUCUCCACCGGGCAUGCUCAAUGGGAGAAACGGAGAGGACUCCAUUUAUGAAAACAGCAGCAGCUUUCAGGGCCAGAUCCUUGGCAGCAAAACUCCCCCAGUACCUGCCCGUUACCCUGACACCAACUACACUCCUGUCCCCCAUCCACGGACCUCACUCUCUGUGACCCCAAGCGGUUCCAGUGGUGUUCAGUGGGCCCAGGAAAGCCCAAAGCUUCGUAGGAACUUAAGAGCACAGGCCACACCAAGCCCCACACCUCUGAGCAGGGGGUCAGGACAGGGCGCAGAGAACUCAAGCCACAAACCAUCCCCCGUAAAGUUUUCCUCAACAGCUCCAUCCAGCCCUCGCGUGCGAGGCUCCUCCCUACAGAAAAGAUCCCCCAGUCCUAGGCGAGAUCAACACAUCUCUAAUGUGGAAGUCCCUCAGAGGUUGAGGACCCCUGAGCCGAUUGGUUCCAACAGCUUGAGAGAACUUCCUCCUCAUAGUCCUUAUAUGUCCCGCAGGGGUACUCAAGGAUCGCAGGGCUCCACUUCAACCCUUGCAUCACAGGGCCCCCUCAAACUUACAACUAAUUCGAAAGCAGAAGCCAUGCGGGCCAUGUAUGCCCAGGGUCCAAUGUCCCUGUCUGGGCUGGAGAAGGAGCCUGGAGGAAAACAGUUAAGGGCCGCCCCGGGAAGUGCCAUCGCGUCAGGCCGGGGUUCUCUGCCUGGAUCUCCUCUUGUGAGCCCUCGUAGCCAAAGAAAGACUUCCUGCAUGACUGUGAGGGAGCAGAGUCUCGUGAAACCAUAUACCCGGGAACGCAAAAACAGCAUCUCUGAGAUAAGUGACAAUGAAGACGAGUUGCUGGAAUACCACAGAUGGCAGAGAGAUGAGAGGAUGCGUGAGCAGGAAAUGGAGAAACUGGAGCGUCAGAGGUUGGAGACCAUCCUCAAUCUGUGUGCGGACUACGACCACGAGGACAGUGCUGCGGAGCUGGCAGAGGUGGUGAGGAGUGGGUUUCUAGGGGGCGCUAGAAGAACCUGCUCCAACACAGCAGGAGGGAUGUCCCUUCAGGAAGUAGACAGACCCCAGAGGGGGAGGGACAACGAUGAGGAAACCCAGAGAGAGGAGUCCAGCAGCACAGAAAGCACACAUCAAGAGUGUGAAGAUCUGUUAGCUGGUCAGGAGCAUGUGUACCUGGAGGAGGAGAGGAGCAGGAUCCUGGCCAGAGUUGAUGACUUGAAGCACAGAGUCAGUGAGCUGGAGCUGCAGCUACAAGAGACCAAACAAGAGGUGGAGAUGGAGCAAGCCCUGCUGCAGGCUGAGAAGCGGGCAGAGCAUGAGCAGUUGGAGGCUGAAAAUGAAAUCAUCGCUCAGCUGCAGAUCAAGCUCAGCCAGCUGGACAAUGCCACCCAGAAAGAAAAGGACAAGGGGAGGGCUAAUGUGUCUGCUGAGAGGAAGGCCCUGGAAAAGCAGAGGAAUGAGUACAAUGAGCUGAAGAGGCAGUUUGAUAAGUGCCCCUUGUCUCUAAGGGAACAGUUACAGGAGCAGCUCAGCAGGAAAGCAGAAGCUCUGGAGUCGGGGACCAAGCAGUUUGAGGAGCUGGAGUUCUGCCAGCUGGAGGAGGAGAGCAGUUUGGAGGAGAAGAAGGACACUCAGAGCUCGCAGAUCCUCGAAGAGCGGGCCGAGUAUCACUGCAGCGUGGCCAAGAGGAAGGAGAAGAUGGCCACUAUGGAAGCUCAGGUGAAACAGCUGGGAGUGCAGGCGGCUCAAGACUGUGACAGGAUGGCUAAAGACAGGAUAGUGACUCUGCAGCUGAUUCACAAGGAGCAGGACAGGUUGUGCACCCUGGAGAAGAAGUACCACACCUUAACGGGAGGAAGAAACUUCCCAAAGCCUAACAGCAGCAUGGCAGAGGGAUUUCUCCACAUCAGCGAACCAGACCUUGCUAAUGUGGACGGUCCUCCUCAUAGCCCCUGUCCCUCCUCUGACUCCUCCUCCUCACACAUCCCCUCCCCUGAACUCUACCCUGUUAGGCUACAAGAGGAGUACCUCAGGCUGUCUGAUGUCUUUAAGAUGUAUGGAAACGCUUCUAUGCAACCUUCUUCCCCCGCUGCUCUCCACUGCCUGUCGCUCGCUGUAGCUCCAGCUCUGCCAUGUGAGGAGUACAUCACAGUCAGUCAGUUAAGCCAGAUCUUUGGGAUGCAGCGACUCGAUCCCAACUCUUCUUCCUCUAUUCCAUCAUUCCAACUUGCCUCCUCCGAAUCCACCUUCUCAUGCCACUCAACUGCAUGUAGCCCUUCCUCCUUUCUCUCUGCCCAGGUUUGUUCCUGUCUUAGUUUUUCCUACAAUCCACUCAACAUUUCUGGGCCUGUUUCAUGUUUCUGCUUGAUGCUUCUGUCACUGAUGUCGGUGCUCUACUGCUUCCCUCUCCUCUCUCUCUGGCUGAAUGCUUUUACGUCACCUCAGAGCCAUCCUGACCUGAGCAGGAACACAUUGCCUCCUAUUAACCUGGAGCGCUGGUACCAGGACAUCAUGGCUGCUGGAGAGUCUCGGUCAUGUCCUCCACCUCUGCCUGCAAAGUCUUUUUCUGCACGCAGACACAGUCAGUUAUUGAAGUCCAGAUCAGAUGCUGAGGUUGGACCGGCAGCAUCGGGCACACUGCCGCACUCCAUUGGUGUUGCUAAUGAGAAAACCAAGGGGCUGCAGUUAAUGCUGUCAAACCCAUUAGACAUGGAGUCCAGGAGGCCGAUGGCUCUGCAGAACAAAGAUCUGUCUCCCACAGUCCAUCACUCCAUCCUGCAUCACCAGCCGCCACCGAGCGGCAGCCAGGCGUACGACACCCUGAGCCUGGAGAGCUCCGACAGCAUGGAGACCAGCGUCUCCACCGGCAACUCCGCCUGUACCCCAGAAAGUGCCUGUGGGAUGGAGGCCCACAGGAUAGAAGAGAUGGAGAAGAUGCUGAAGGAGGCGCAGCAGGAGAAAGCCAGACUGAUGGAGAACCGAGAGAGGGAGGUGCAGGCUCGGCGGCAGAUGCUGGAGGAGGAGCGGAGGAGGCGAGAGGAGGCCGAGAGGAGGCUCCAGGACGAGACGACCCACAGGCUGAGGCUGGUGGAGGAGGAGGUGAAGAUGAGAGAGAAACACUUCUCCCAGGCCCGUCCAAUGACGCGCUAUCUGCCGAACCGGAAGGAGGAGUUUGACCUGCGCGCCCACGUGGAGUCAUCGGGCCACAGCAUAGACAUCUGCCCCUACGUCAUCCUCACAGAGAAGAUGUGCAAGGGCCACCUGGUGAAGAUGGGCGGCAAAAUAAAAUCCUGGAAGAAACGCUGGUUCGUUUUUGACCGUAUCAAGAGGAACUUCUGUUACUAUGGGGACAAGCAUGAGACCAAGCUGAAAGGACUCAUUUACUUUCAGGCGAUCGAAGAGGUUUAUUAUGAUCACCUGCGCAGUGCCACCAAGAGCCCCAACCCGUCUCUGACCUUCUGUGUUAAAACCCACGACCGCCUCUACUACAUGGUGGCCCCGUCCCCGGAGGCCAUGAGGAUCUGGAUGGAUGUCAUAGUGACGGGCGCCGAGGGAUACACGCAGUUCUUGAGCUAAGGGACCACGGGGUGACAGAUUCGGCGCCGACCUGAGCUGCUGCCUGCAGGGGGUGGAAAACAAGCAGAGGAAGAAGUGUGGCCUGAUGGCGCAGAAGUAAAGGACUUUUGGAGAGAUCAUAAAGAGCCUGAUGCCUUUUGAGCAAAUGAGGGCUGAAUAAAAGACAGAAUUUAGGAGUUGUAUAUAUCUUUCAGCGGCUUUAGAAGGGAAAUGGUUUGUGCAGCCUGUCAAUGGAUCUAUGCGGGAACUCUGAAAUAGAUCACUUCCUCUAACCAAAAUCUAUUGUUAAAAAGUGCAACACUUAUAUAAGCAUAAACUGUUUCCACUUCUGAAGCCGGUCGGCUGUAUGCAUGCAGUGUUAUCACUCUAACCGAUGCCUUUUUGAUACAUUUGAUACGCUUUUCUCUUGAGUUUGUUCAAUUUCAUCAGGUGAAAAAAUAAUAUCUUGACACUAAAAAGUGAACACAUUUAAAAGAUAACAUGUUACUUAUUCAAAUAAAAAAUAUAACUUGGUGCCAAAUACUUAAUGUUAUGUUUCAUGUCAGAUUUUUACAAUACAAAUGUUAUAUAUAUAUAUAAAUAUAUAUUGUUUUAUUCAGGCAUUUAACACAGCAUUAAUCCAUCCGUAUUUUACAAAAUAUGAUAAAAAAUAUAACAGAAAUCAUAAAUUAUAGACCUAUAAUAAUAUUGUAAAACUUCCAUGUACAUGAAAU